CAAACGUCAGUUUUAACGUAUCUGUUUAUCUAGCAAACAGGAUUUCUUUGAAAAUAUUUUGUAGCAAAAUAGGUGUAUAUAUUGAGUGGUUUUAUGCAUUUAAGCCAAUACAUCGUUGUGUCUCUUUUUCGUCCUUAAUAUUAAUUACGAAUUUAGAACUGCAGGAUUGCGAAGAUGCGUUACUUAAAAUUAAUUUUAUGUGCGAUAUGCGUGCAUGUUAGUUUGUGUGUACCAGCACCGGACAUUACUGACUCUACAUACCAAGUUUUGUCAUCAAAGAUUGACACCAUCAAUUUAGAAUUGGCUCUAUUAAGGAACGAACAAGUUCAAACUAAGCAAGAGCUUAUUGAGGCAAAAACGGAGAUUAGAAGAAUUCAAGAAAAUCAGACAGACAGAUACGUGAUUCUACUGAGAGAGGAUGUGACCCUUCUGAAAUCAAAGUUGGUCAACGUCAACGCCGCACUAGAACAACGAAUGACGAGUUUGAAAGAAACUGUCUCAGGAAUCAACACUUCACUAGAGGAAAAAUGCCAGUCUGGGGAGUUUGGACCUCACCACAUUAACCCACGUCCGUCUUACCCUGUGACCUUGACCAUCAACUUUCAGCCAGCCUUCAAGAGCAAGCCGGCUAUCGUUUAUGGACUGAAGGUCUUGGACUCUGCCCAUAAUGCAAAUGUCCGUGUUAGCGGGUCAAUUACGGAGAUGACCAAUGCGUAUUUUAAAUUUACGAUCUCGGAAUGGGCCAAUACUGUUAUGUAUGGCGCCAAAUUUUCGUGGAUGGCAUGUCCGAAAACAAACACAUAACUUGAUGAUUGUGAUGUACACUCAUCCAUUUAUUAUGCAUUUUAACAACGUUUGUAAUACAUGUACUCAAUUAUGGAAUCAUUCUAAAUAAUACUGGUUUUUCUUAUAACAGA